AUGGGUCGCCAACUGUCGCCUCUCGCUAUUUACGGCCUGUCGCUGAUUACCCGGCGUCUUGCUCUCUCUCUCCCGAUCCAACUUGAACUUGGGACUGAAAUCAACUCUCGCUUGGCAAUCAUCCACGUUUCGAGGUCCGAGGACGUACCCGGACUGAUUUCUUUCACCUACGGAGCAGGCGAGGCGAAGUCUGACCUGGACACCCAGGGCACCGUUGCCAGCACAGAACGCAUCACUUCAGACUCGAGACUUGUAUGGGCCGUUCCAACAAAACACCUGCCCGGGGACGAGUUCAUGGUCGAAAUGGCCAGAAGCAUGUACAGAGCACACGGAGAAUGGAGCGACGGCGGCCUCGACGGGCAGCAGGGAGACCGCUGGUCCGAGUUUGCCUACACAUCGCAGCAUCUCAGGGGGAAUCUCGACACGACGGACGUGCUCGACAGCCAGCAGGACCCGCAGGGCAGCUUCUGGGAAUACCUCUACGGCCGGCUCUGCGAGAUCGUUCGAGCCCUGGUGCGCGAGAAGCUCGUCUACGACACCAGCUGCAAGGUCGCGCUCGACUACUCGGAGCGCUUCUGGGAGAAGCUCGACAACCCUGGGCGAGCCCGUCUGCCGGGCAGCACGAGCUCGGCGUGGCGAGUCUUUGACCUCAACACGAUUGCCGGACACGUAGAUGAUGACAGUCACGAGUUCCAGGGGACCAAACAAGGUGUGGACGAACUUGUCCGCGGCAAAGAUGACGACUUGACACCGACGUCGUCACGGCUCACCGGGGGAGACUACGGCCCCGGAUAG